CCAAAAGAAGAAGGACAAAUCGGGCGCGCAAAUUCAUCGAACCGGCGAGCCGGUUCCUCCGUUUUCCUCGAGCACCGGCGGUCAAUCUCACUCGCCGCUCGCCGUCAUCUCUCCGCCGCCGCACACCCCCCCCCCGGAUCGGUCUCCGCCGCCUCCUUCGCGGCCGGAGCCGCCGAUCAUGAAGUCAGCUCCGUCUCUCGUCUCCCUCUCCUUGGCAGCGGUCGCGAACGAGCUCCUCCGAGGGGACGAUGUCCUUCCGCACGUGUACGAGCUCCCGGCGGAUUUGUUCGACGCCCUGGUGGCUCGCCUGCCGCCGCUGGGCUUGCACAAGCUGCAGAACGAGAUGCCGAAAUGGAAACGGGAUGAGUAUGACUCGGAUGAUUGCUUCACGAAUGGUAGAAAACGCACGAGGAAUGGAAGCUUCAGUGAUGCGUGGAGGUCACUGUAUAAACGGCGCUGGGCAGAGCUUGUUGAGCAGGUGCAACCAGCUGAUUGGCAACAGGCAUACUGGGAGAUGCACUUGCAGAAGUGCAUAGAUGAAGCAGCGGAGGUUGCACUGCUCCCAUCCUUUGACGGGAAAUUAGGUGAAAUAAGAAUUUCAGAUGCUAUGUUGAAAUUUCUUGGUUAUGAGGGGCAAACUGAUACUUCUACGCCCAAGUUCUCAAAACUUUAUCAGCAUUGUGAAUGUUUUGGACACUACAUGAGAUCUCUGAGACUUCGAAAUGUGCUAUGCGUUGAAGAAACUUGUCAUUUGUUGAAGAAUUCUAGAUUGGAAAGCUUGGUACUUCAGUGGAUCAGAACAAAGGAGCAUGUUCAAGGUUUAUGCCCACUUCUGCUCCAGAACUGUGAAACAUUAACAUCCCUUGAAUUCAUUCACUGCAAACUUCCUUCAACUUCCAUUGGUUCAAUAUGUGCUUCGCUUCAUGUUAAGGGAAUGCAAUCUCAUGGAAUAGUGCAAUUCUCCAUUCAAGCGUCAAGCUUUCUCAACAGCAAUUCGGUCUUACCUUCUGAAUUCUUGUCAUUUCUUUCAUGCGGAAGGCACUUGUAUUCAUUGAGAUUUUGUGACGCCCACCUGGACAGAGACUCUGCUGGGUCGAUAUUUACUACACUUUUUGACGCUGCAUCUGACAUAUCCAUCCUAGAUCUCUCUGAUAACGAGAUAGCAGGAUGGCUUUCUAGUUUCACCUGGAAAUAUAAAGAUAGUAUGGUCUCAUCUAUAGGAGCUGGCAAAUCAUUAGCUUCAUUAUGUGCGCUCAAUCUGAGGGGAAAUAAUCUUCACAAAGAAGAUGCAGACAACCUUAGACAUGCUCUUGCUCACAUGCCUGCCUUGCGGAAACUGGAUUUAAGUGAUAAUCCCAUCGAGGAUGAUGGACUUAGGCAUCUAAUUCCCUUUUUAGUUGAGGCAUCUGGAAAAGGCUUCACCUUGGCUGACUUAAGUCUAGAAAAUUGCGAGCUUUCAUCCAAUGGAGUUAUUGAAUUCUUAACUACCCUAUCCACCUCAGAUAUAUCACUUAGUUCUCUCUCUAUUUCAGACAAUAGUCUUGGCAGCCGUGUUGCAGAAGCCUUGGUAAAGUUACUGAGCUCAUCAAUUCAAGUGCUUAACAUAAGUGGUGUUGGAUUGGGUUCUUCUGGUUUUGAAAAGCUGCAGAAAGUAUCAUUCAAAUCUUUGAAGCUUGUCAAAAUUGAUAUAAGUAAAAAUCGCGGUGGUAUUGAAUCUGCCAAAUUUUUGUCAAAACUUAUGGAGUGCGCACCACAGCUUGUUACAGUCAAUGCUGCGUUUAAUCUUAUGCCUCCAGAGUCCCUCACUAUCAUAUGCUCAGCAUUGAAAGCUGCAAAGGGUAAUCUUGGCCUCUUGGAGUUGAGAGGAAAUAAUUUGGACAAACCUCCCAAUGAUGCUAGCUUGCUUGUUGAUCUUCAACGGGAUGGAAGACUGCGUAUAAUUUUUGAAUCGUCACCAACUUUAGACGCCCCUUAUGACGAUGAUCCUUGACAUUUUUGCUAUCUUCCAUCCGAAUAUGCAAGAUCUUCUAAUUCCACACACUUUGGGCUUGAUGAUAAAAUCUCUUCUCAUUUCACGUGCGCUGCCAAAUAUGACAAUUGGGUACUCUUGAUUGCAGUGGAGAGUAUCAAGAUUAUAUUUGGUCUUCAUAGACUGGGAGGUUACCAGUCAUCACAAGCGGCAUUGUCGUUUAGGGCUGUACAGAGCCUUUCGAACUUAACAGGCACCGUAUUUUUAUGGCCAACACAAGAUUUGGGCAAUAUUUUCUUCACUUAUGGAGUAUGAUUAGCCGAUGUGCAUGUACAAUCACCAGCAUACGCGUUUCUCUUCAUGAACGAUUUGUUAGAAUUCAAUCCAACAACAGGAUUCUUAGUAUGUAGCUGGACUAUCUUAGCUUUUGACUAUCUGCUGUGAUGCGGUUGGAGUA